AUGCCGCUUCAGAAGGGCGAGGCGGUGGAGCCGGGCCGCGUCGAGCCGCCGUUCCAAUGGGAGACGCACAUCCCGCACACGGUGGCGCUGAUGCUGAACGCCACGGAGGAGGACCUUGUGCUCAAAUCCUGUCAGUCGCUCUACAAGUUCGCGCACGAGGCCGAGGUGAACCAGCAGCUGCUGCUGCAGUACGAUAUCCUGCGCCUCCUUCUCGACCACCUGGGUCACUCCAACCGCAGCGUGCGUCGCAUGGCCGCGAUGACGCUCUGCCAGCUGGCCGGGAACGCCACCGUACAGACGUCCUUCCUCGCCGACGGCGGCGCCGGGGGACUGACGCGCCUCAUCGAGAGGCUGGUCGCCGACGACGACCCUGUGGUUGACGAGUUCGUCAGCGGAGCGCUCUUCAGGGUGGCGUCGCAGCCGGCGGUACCUGUGUUCGUGGACAGCUCUGGGAUAGAGCGCGCGCUGGCGCUGGUGCGAGUUGAACCCCCGGUGCUUGUGGACCUUGCCCUGGAGGCACUGCGGAAGGCUAUGUACACCGAGCAGGGGCGUAGACGGCUGAGGGAGAUUGGAGGACUUGAGGACCUGCUGACUCUGCUUGAAGAAGACACACAAGAAGCGCACGCGGCGAGGAUUGUGGCGGUCCUCGAGCACGCCACACUCGAUCCAAAGAGCGUCCGCUCUAUGCACCGGAACGGAGGUCUCCUACUGAUGGUGCAGACUGCCAGAAACAGCAGCGACCCUCAGGUUCUGGCACAAUGCGGGGAAGUUCUCGGUCACCUCGGCAGUGAUCGGCCGUGUGCACUGUCCAUGCGCGAGCUCGGCGCAGAGGCGGUAAUCGUCGGCUCUCUGCUCAGCUCCACGCAGCCGGCGGCGCAGCGCGGCGGUGCGCGAGCGCUGGCAGCGUUCGCCCUGCUGCCGGAGGCGCAGGAGGAGAUGGUGAACCGCGGCGCCGUGCCGAUCCUGCUCAACAUGAUCGGCGUGCAGGAGACAAUCGGUCCGGCGGCUGCUGCACCUCGCCGCCAUCACCAGAGGACAUGA